AUGGACAUAGUGGGACAGAGACGCAUAAUUGACUGCCAGAAAGAGAAGAGGUACGUGGCUUCGUUCUGCAAAUCAAAAAUAAGGGGACUGGAAUUAAAUCAGGAUGGGGACUUGCCGCUAUUUUAUUUCCCACUGUUUGUGAAGGCGAGCAAGUACAAGGCUGAAAGAUUUUGUGCCAGGCAAGGUCUAAAUUUUGGCAUCAAUGAAAGUUCUAUACUUGAAAAAAUCACAAAUGGUUUAACCGAUAUCAAAGUAUGGGCGACCUACGAGCAGAUAGCAAAAAAUAAGUCCGAUCCACAAUUCAAAACUCCUGGAAUUGUAUGCACUAUUUUUCACAAACAAAACAAUAUCGUCGUAAUAAAAAACGAGAGCUGUUCCAAUGAAAACAACUUUGUCUGCACCCUACCUGAAAUUUGUCAUUUGAACAAAUGCAGCUCCAAAUGCUUGAAUGGAAAUUGCGCCACUGUGAGGGCUGAAGAUUGUGAUGCUAACUGCACAAAAGUAGAUUGUUCUGAGGAGCCUGCUGAGAAGUUUGGAAUAUUACAAAAUGACGGAGACUUGGUUCAAAUGUGUGGUUUUGAGUACUUUUUCUCCAAAAUAUCUAAGUACUCUUUAAAGGCUUCGCAAACGUUCUGCUGCCUAAAAAACAUGGAGGUGGCAAGUUUUACAACCGUUGAAGAAUUGACGUGUUUUGCCAACGAAUCGGCCAGACGGAACACGACAGGCGCCUCAUAUUGGACAUCCGCUCGCCUCACCACGUGCCCAAACACAUUUGUUUGGUGCUCAGAGAGUCCAGAAAUUGUGGACCAAAGUUACCUUCCAUGGAAAGCGACAAGUCCGUUUGUUGGAGUUAAGCCGAUGGCCACCCCCAAUGUUUCGCUCUCUUGGGAAUUCGAGGAUGGCUUGGGGACGAAAAGGGCGCUUUGCAAGGCAAGUUACCAAAGAUACAUGCGCUACUAG